GCAGGAGAAAUACUUGGUGUGACGGUAGGAGACACAAUAGGUGUGACGUCAGGAGACACAAUAGGUGUGGCAGCAGGAGACACAAUAGGUGUGUUGAUAGGAGAAACUGAAGUUGACACAGGGAAACAGACCUAUAUGGUACAGAGAGGUCGACAGUAUUAUUAUACAACAUGGCAUCAAGCAGCAAACAAAAGUGCAUGUGUACACUCUGUAAUGGAAAGUCUGUUCCAAGAAAAACUUUUAAAAUACAUUGCGCAAAGACCCAUGCUAGUCAUCUGAACUCCAUAUCACAACUGGGCAAUGUUUCAACGAGCAGUUACAAUAAAAAAGUACAGGCACAGCAAGAAAAGAAUGAUCUACAGAAACCAUUGUAUGAAGGAUCUUCUAGAACAUUGAUUGAAGCUAUAUCAGAGCAUUUUCUUAUAUUUUCAUCAAACAGUGGAAUGUCCAAAGCAGCUUUAACUGAGUGCUUACAGCACGAGAAGCGCAUCAUGCCUCAACCUAAUUAUUUACCAGCUUCAUACAAGGAAGCAGUUAAAAUGAUCAAACCAAGUUUAAUUCCUAUAAAACAGUACAAAUGUUGUGUUAAUGACUGUAAAAUAUAUCCAAUGAAUGACAAUAUCCGUGAGUGCAGCGUUUGUGAUGAAUCACUUCUGUAUAAAGACACCAAUCGUUGUAAGAAGACAUUCAGCUAUAUGCCAGUUGUUCCAAGACUUGCUCGUUGGUUCGGAACAAAGAAUUUAGCAAAAAUACUUUAUGCAAAGAAACUUGACACAAAUGGGAAACUGUGUGACUAUACUGAUGGACAAAUAUUUCAAGCAGAAUUAAAUAACGGUAUAUUUAAAGACACUGAUGUUGAGCACUGUGUACCACUUGCACUAUUUACUGAUGGUGUAAAUCCUAACAAAAACAAUGCUGCUCAGAAAUCUAUGUGGCCUAUCAUCUUGACUUGGAUAUCAUUGCCUCAGGAGAUUCGCUACCUUCUAGGACCAAUAAUGUUGGUCGGCAUUAUCCCAGGGAAUGGAAGAAAAGAGCCUAAGUCUGUGGAUCCAUAUAUUACAAUAUUGGUUGAUGAGUUGCUGUCCAAUAUGGAAUGUCAGCUAUAUGAUUCCCACAAAGAUGCUCCAGUGACAGUUAAGAUAGGGCUACUCCAAUAUCUGUGUGAUAUUCCAGCAUUUGCAAAAUUGCUGCACUUAUCAGGUCAAGCAGCAUUAAGAUCAUGCACAUUCUGCAAAGAAGUUGGUGUAAGGAACAAUUCCCUGAACAAAACAAUCCACAUAUCAAACAGACAGUUCCUAAGUGAUGAUUCUGCCUAUAGACUUGACUGCACAAACUUUGCACUUAAAACCGUUGUCAAUGAUCCAAAGCCUGCAUUUUACUCUAAAGAUGAAGAAAUGACAGCACGUAAAGAUUUUGAUUUGAAACCAAACAAGAACCAAAAGACCAUCCACCAGAAAGAAACUGGUUUAAGAGGCAUUCAUCCCUUGUAUCCACUUCCGUAUUUUGACAGACUAAAGCAAAUGCAAACAGAUGGUAUGCAUACCAUUUCAGAUGUUAUUUCGAAUGUGUUAGAUUUCAUUAGUGGGAAAACUGACAGUGCAAAAGUGCGAAAUUGUGAGAAGCAAUACAACAGAUUUGAGCAAACUUGGGUGACCAAUAAAAGAAGGAGUACAGAUCCGGGAAAACAACCUAAGAAAAAACAGAAAAAACAGUCAGAGCCCCAGUCAACAAAUGUUGUCACCGAAGAAGAAGUCAGUUUUCCAGAUGCUCCAUGGUCUCUCUCAAAGAGUCAAGUAAAACUUGCAGACAAAAGAGCACAAUCUAUUCAGUACCCUCGAGGAUUCGACUAUACACCUGCUGACCAUUUCACCAGACAGUGGACACUUCGUACAAUGCAUGGAAAGCAACAGUUUGUAACCCAAAAUGCUGCUUCAUGGUGUUUGAGAGGUCUACUAGGACAGCAACAAGAGAAGACACUUUUUCAACUAUUUGAUGUGUUGAGCAGACUUGUUAAACCUUCAUACCUGAAAGAUGAAAUUCCUACUUUGAUAGAAGACACCCAUAUUGCUGUGACACUACUUGAGAGAGAUUUUCCACUGACGUUACAGAAUUUGACGACACAUUUACUUCACCACAUACCUGAGGGGUUUAUGGACUUUGGACCAUUAUAUGAUAGGUGGUUGUAUCCACUAGAAAGAGCCAACAGCUGGAUAACAAGACAGAUUUUACAGCAUGGGCAUGAAGAAUCUACAGUCAUGCAAACAUACUGUAUAUAUGACUGGAGUGUUUUCAAUUUGCUCAAUGGAACAGUCAAAUCUGACAGUAGCAGGAAGAAUGCACUCCAUAAAGUUGCAGAGAAAGUUUUGCCAAGUGAGGAAUAUCCUGUUACCAGUGUCAAUAGUAUACUAUCCAACAGCUUAUUACAACGGGAGGACAUUAAAGAUCUACAUUGUAGAUACAAAGAAAUUUUUCCAAACUUACAAUUUGAACAAUUUGAUGUAGAUCCCACAGUAGAGAAGAAAAAUACAGUGUUUAGAUAUGACGAAGACCGCAAGAGAGAGGUGUAUUUCACUACUUAUUUAUAUCAGUCAGUCUCAAGAUCAUGUGACUAUAUUGUAUGUGUAAGACAUCCAACAAUGCUGUUUGGAAAGAUCAAGCAGAUAUACCAACACUGUUUCAUGGACAAUGUUUUUACUUGGGUACGACUAGAUGUAUUUCCUUUACCAGAGGCAAGUGGAUCUUUUUGGUUUACAGAGAAUGUAACAUUGACUUCAAAAUUGUGUCUUUUGAAGGAUAUCAGCAAUCCUAUUGUCACAGCAGUUGAGGAUGGUGUUAUUUGGUUUUUAAAUGCUUAAGCCACCUGUUGAAUAUGUUACAAUUGUUGUACAGACUUUUUGUACAAGUUGUCAGUUUUCUGUGAACCUCUUUACAUAAAUGGAUAAGAUAAUAAGCAAAUUAUAAGCAUACUGUCUUUGGUUAUGCCUAUCUCUAUCAUUAUUUUAAUAAUAUCUUUAUGCUACAGUUAUGUACCGGGUAUAUAGAAUUUCAAUUUUUUUAAUUUCAUACAAAAAGACUAUAUGGUAUUUUGUGAACAUCUAGUCAAAGAGAACAGCACUUCAUUAUAUAACCAAAAAUACAAACUGACUGUCCCAAGUCAGGAGCCUCUGGCCUUUGUUAGUCUUGUGCAAUUUUUCAAAGUUUAGUAUGACGUCCAUUAUCACUAAACUAGUAGAUGUAUACAUAUUUGUUUAAGGGCCAGCAGAAGGAAACCUAAGGGUGUGGGAGUUUCUCUUGCUACAUUGAAGACCCAUUAGUGGCCUUUGGCUGUUGUCUGCUUUAUGCUCUUUGACACAUUCCCCAUUUUAAAUUUUAUUGCUUGCAAACAUAGAGCUUGAUAUUUCGAGAAAAUCGUCUGAUAUUCUUUAAAUUUUUAUAAUGUUUUCAAAAAGUGAUGAUCAAAACAACUGAUAUUUUACUUAAUGCUUUGUUAUAAAAAUUUUUAAGAAAGUGUAUUAUGUACUUUGCUGUUUUACAAUGACGAAAAUGUGCUAACUAAACUUGUAUAUAAUUUAUAAUUCCUGUACUUGUGUCAAUCAUAUUAUAUAAAGUUUUAUUUAUUGAGGUCUCAAAUCUGUUGUUAGUUAUUUAACAGAUAUAAAAUAACUUCAUAAGGUAUGCCCGUGCCAUGUGCAGGAUGCCCUUGUAAAUUAAAAUGUUCCUAACACUUUGACUAAAAUUAAUUUGGCUCGUUUUAUUUUCUUAAGAUUUUUACAAAGUAUUUACUUUGACCCAUUGACAAAAAUAUAAAAAAAUCAGAAAAUUGGAACCAACCGUUUUAUCAAAAAAAUUACACUGGUUAUAUAGCAGUUUGAAAAACACUAAUUUUGAUCAUUGAGAAGCUUAAUAUUCCCUUAACAACACAACGUAAUUAAAACGUUUAGCUGAUAUUGCAGAGUUAUCUCCCUGUAGUGUUAGGUACCACCUUAAGGUAAAUAAAUUUAUGUCAGUAAUUGGACUGUGUUUGGCAUGCCCAGGCUUUGUCCAGGGUACCUUUGUACUUUGAAAUUUUCCUAUUUGAAAUUUAAAAAAAAUAGCCACUGGACUGUUUAUGGUAUGCAAAUGCCAAUCCUUAAAUUAGAAUCAUUAAACAUGCAAGUUCAUUUCAAAAAGCUGUUAUACAAAAAAUAUAUUCUGUAAACAAUUCAUAAAUUUAUUUAAAAUACCUUUUAAGACAUUUUUCUUUUUUCUGCUUUAAAUAUUAGUAUCAUUUCCUAUUUAAAUUCUUUUAGAUUGGUGAAAUUCGGCUGAAUUUAAAUUUCCUACCAUGAAAACAUCAUCAAGAAUUGACUAGAAUAUAUCAAAAUCCUUUCAAGGAAAAGUUAAUUUAUUGCAUAAUAUUUUUUAAAACUGUCUAUAAAUCACAUCCGUUGAUUACCUCUUUAUUAUUUCUAUUUUAGGGAUUGGAUAUAUAUAUAUACUCUAAAGUCUAAAUUUAUUUAUAUAUAUUAUAUUAUGUUUUUCGUGAAAUUUUGGGUCAAUGCUGUAAUAAAUACAAUAUAGAUUUCAAAUUGUAGUUUAAAAUUUAUGGCAAAGGGAAAUAACUGUUUUUAUGUUUUAAAAAUUAAUUUAAAGGAAAACUUAAUUUAUUGUACAUGUGUAUAAUAAUUUUUAAAACUGACUAUAGUGUUGAUGAAUGUUGAAUUGAUGAUUAUAUUAUGUUUAUUGUGAAAUUUUGCUGUAAUAAAUAUAAUAUGGAUUUCAAAUUGUUGUUUAAAUUUUUGGCAAAGGGAAAUAACUGUUGUUAGAUAUAGCUCCUAAAUUGAUGAAAUACAGUAGAGAGGUACAGAAAUAGGUCUAGGUUGGUAAAAACUAGGUCGAGUAUGAAUCAGACUAGGUCGAGAAAGGUUCAGACUGGUCGAGUAUGGUUCAGACUAGGUCGAGUAUGGUUCAGACUUGGUCGAGUAUAGUUCAGACACACACAAAAUGGUUAAGUACUGGUCGAGUAAAGGUCGAGUACAAGUUCAGACUGUUAAGUAUGGUCCAGA